GCCGCUGCUUUGAGCAGUGGCUGGCUGCCGCUUCUGCUUUCUUGCUUGCAUGCCUGCUUGCCAGAGCCGUCCCGUUCUCCCUCUAUUUCUCUCUCUCCCGCCCGGGGGCCCUUCCCCCCGCAGGCGGAAGCCAGCCACACCAACCAUACACCAUCGUCCUCCCGCCCCCAGGACGUAUAGCUGCUUUCGUGCCUGAGACACGAAACUCGCGAAGGCAGCGUUUCUUUGGUGGUAUAGGUCGACGCGGCGCCGCCAGCCACUAACCCAGUGCUUCCAGUGCAGUGAAGGGAUUCAGUCGUGCUUGUGACUGAAUCUCCGCGCGUUUCAACUCUAUGCAACUGCGACAGAAAUAUUCUUCGUAGUGACACGAGACAGCCAUCUAUGAUAAAACGAAACCGCGUCGGUUGAAAUAUUAUGCAUAAUUAGUGACAAAAACACGAGAGGUGCUACUAGUUCAUUAUGAGCCAAUGCAAUAGUGUCCUUUUGUUUCAAGUUUAUGUACUUUGGAAGGAAAAUGUCAUUUUUAUUCAGUGACACAUGAAGUUGACUGUGUCAUUGCUUCUGUCGAUAACCUAAAGUGUUUUGACAUUUGCUAGAGUGUAAUGCGCUGACUCAAUAUGCAAUAACUGGACACUAGCCAAAACGAACUUCGUGGCAGAAACCAAGCACACCUGUAGAUAUGCAAGUUCUUAUUCAUCGACAUGUCCUUAGGACUCAUUAAUGAUCGCAUGACAUUUCCAAUUUUAUAGAAAAACAAGUAAAAACUAUUUUAUAAUAUUCAUAUUUCGUAUCGGUUCUGGUGUUGACAUUCACGAACUUUCGAAAGGUUUCCUCUAAAUCACACAAAAGAGAACAUGCUCGAAGCCUCUCUUCAACUGGCAAACAAACUUUAAAGCAGUAAAUAAAGUCAAUUCUUCCUCUUGAAUGAUUACAACGAAAUCGGCCAUUAUGUCUAUUUUAAAUGUAAUGGCCAGCCCAAUUAGACCUGUUGGCAAUGCUGCUACUGCAGCUAGGCCUAGGUCCAACGGGUUUGUUUACCACCGUAUCCACCUGUUUCUCCUGAGUGUCACUUCUAUGGUCAUCAUUUCGUGUUCUGUACCUGUUCUUGGUCAGAGCAGUCCGAAAACGUGCAAGAGCGUGGAAAUCACGGGCUUCAAACGCAACGAUUCUCUCCCGAGGGACCUUCGCGAGUGCCAGAUCAUGGAGGGCCACCUGCACCUCCAGCUGAUCGAGGAGGAGGAGGUCGAGGACGAGGAGGAGAUAGUCGAGUUCCUCUCGUUCCCGAACCUGGUCCAGGUGACGGAGUACGUGGUCAUCUACAGAAUCUCUCCUCUCCGCUCCCUGGAGAGGAUCCUGCCCCAGCUCUCAGUCAUCAGGGGCCAUGAACUCUUCCACGGGUACGCCCUCGUCGUCAUUGGCAACACGUACCUCGAGCGGCUCGGUCUGGACAACGUGACGGACAUUCUGAACGGAUCCGUCCGGAUCGAGAAAAACUGGAUCCUGUGCCCCGGCCUGGACAACAUGUGGGAGAACAUCACCCACAAGUCCAGGGAAGCCAAAAACGUCAUCCAGAACAACUACAUCUACUGCAUCUACGACCCUUGUGAGACGGACAACAGCUGUCCCACGGAGGUGAGGUCCAACAACAAGGUUUGCUCCACCGUCGGUGGAGGUUGCUACCAAGGACCCCAGUGUCAUCAUGAGUGCGCCGGUGGGUGCCUGAGACCGAAUGACCCCUCCGCCUGCGUCGCCUGCAGGAAUUACUACAUGCCGCGAAACAAUUCCUGCGUCGCUUCGUGUGAUUACGACCAGUCGUAUUAUGUCAGCGAAAACAGGUACCUGUGCACUGAGAGCGUCUCCUGCAGUAGAGAUCAUGAUGGGGCGCUGGAUGGCUCUUCGGGGUCUGUCUGCAAUCGCUGUAAAGACAACAGCUGCGUCCCAAAUUCCUGCAAAGGAACCAACAUCACCAGCAAUGACCUGGGCAGGAGCCUGAAAGGGUGUGAGUACGUGGACGGGAACCUCAUCAUUAAUAUUGCAGGCGGAUGGAACGUGACCCAGCAGCUGGAGGAGAACUUGAAGAACAUCAGGAACGUCACUGGCUACAUCCGGGUCUCCGGGUCCAACACGCUCUUCUCCCUCAACUUCUUGAAGAACCUGGAGGUCAUCGAGGGGAAGGAGAAGAUGGAAGACUUCUACGUCCUCUACAUCAUGGAAAACGAGCACCUCCAGGAAUUGUGGGAAGGCGCCAAGAAGCUGACGGUCGGAAACAACGGCACCUUCUUCUUCCGCUAUAAUCCUAGCCUGUGCAGGCAGCUGAUAUACGAUCUGGCCGACAGGUCGGGCGUGGCCAGGGAUACCGUCUACGUCUGCAAUUCAACCAACGGACAGACUCUGCCUUGCUACGACUCUGAGAUGAAGGCCGAGGUCCACCCCGACAGGGAGGUGGGAACAGUCAAUGUGACUUGGACGCAUAUCUACAAGGGCAACGACCACCGGAUGGUCAUUGGGUACUACGUCUUCUACAGGGAGGCUCCCGAGAACGUGACGCUCUUCGGAAACAGGGACGCUUGCAACGAUGAGCUAUUAUGGAAUCGGUAUUUCUGGGAGUACGAGAAACACGAGGGCGAGUCGCGCACGCGGACGGAAGCCUUGAAGGAGCUCAAGCCUUACACGCGGUACGCCGUGUACGUCAUGGCCUAUUACACGGACCAGGAGAAAACGGGGUCAAGGUCACGGAUACUGUACGUGAAAACGCUGCCUACGAACCCCUCCAACGUGUGGGACGUCACCAGGAAGCAUCGCACUGCUUACAGCUUGACCUUGGAGUGGAGGAGUCCCUCGGAAAUCAACGGGAACUUCAGCCAUUACCAAAUAACGUACAAGGAAGCGACGGAGGUCACCCACCAGCGGGAACCCUCCUGCAGCAUCCCCUCUUUUAAGGACAGGAUUCCAUCGGAGUCUUACCAGUCCCUUUCGGCGCCCGCGGGAAAAGCCAAUGCCACGUCUUCGUCGUCAGUCAAGGCCCAGAUCUCUGCCGAGGCGGACAUGAAAUGUUGCUCCUGCCAAGAUCAGAACCAGCUGUAUUUUGCGAGCAUCAAGAACGAUCGCCAGUUCACGAUAGCUUUCGAGGAUUACCUGGACAACGUUCUCUACGCUAAGAUCGAAAACGACUCGAAACCUCCCAAUGCCACGACGACAAGGUCACCCACCCAGAAGAAGGGCAGUCGAACUUUUGGUCCGAUCACCACCGUCCCUCCGACCACUGAGGCUUCGACACAGUCCUUUGUGAUGACGGAGACAGAGUCGCGGAGCACUGUCGACAAACCGACCAAAAAGGACCCACAGCAAGAUGGUCACCAUUUGAAAGCAGAUAAACUGAUCACCAGGGAUAACUUCUACACCCUGACCGGCUUGUGCCAUUUUACUGACUAUGAGAUCUCCAUUAGUGCCUGUAAUAUAGACCAAGACCAGAACUUUCUCUGUAACAGCCCGACCGUAUGCACCUACAAAACAAUGGCUGAUCCGCAAGUGGACACCAUCACGAACUUCGAGAUCAUGCUGGAGGGGGACCAGGAAAGAUGGCGGAGGACCAGACGAAGGCGGGAACGACAGCACGCGGCAGCAGAAUCAGCAGCAGCUGGAAGAGUCGGAGGAGGAGGCCUCCUACGGAAAGAAGGGGUAGAGAAGGUCGCCAAACCGGCGGUGUCCCGUAAGUGCCACGCGAACUACUACAACCUCUCUCUUCCUGCCAUAGACCCCGUGGCUGAGGAACCCUACAGUUCCCAUUACAAGAAGAAUCUCGUGCUGAGCUGGACGCCUCCCACCAAUCCGAACGGCAAGCCCCGGUAUUACAUCAUCGACGUCGUUGACACGGAUGCCGGAGAGAGGAAGGAAUUCGGACCUCGCUGUAUUUCCGAGGGGAAGGAGGGGGGCCAAGGGGGAACUUUGAAAGGGUUCGCGCCAGGAAGCUACAACAUUUCUAUCAAGCUGCGAUCUGAAGGUGGCGACGGCCCAUUCACGACCGAAAUGAUACGAAUUGGUGAUCCGUACCUGGUCUGGAUAAUCGUGGGUCCCCUGAUGGGGGGGGUCAUGGUCGGGGUGUGCAUCAUGAAGUUCCACCUCUGGUACAGAAAACGGAGGCUGGGCGCUGUCCUUGAGGAACGCUGUGUCGUCACGAUCAACAGGCAGUAUGGAGAGCUCCUGGGCUGCGCGCGCUGCAAAAUCAACGACAAGUACAUCAUCCACCCGAAGGACCUGGAGAUCGCCCUCGACAAGAAGCUGGGCAAAGGCUACUUCGGGGUGGUGUACCAAGGGGUGCUCAAGGAUCCUUCGGGCAACGCGAAGAAGGUCGCCAUCAAGGACCUCAAUAAGCCAGAUAAGCUCAACGAAGCCAAAUGCGCCUUGGAGGAGGUGCAUCAUAUGCAGGACAUCAACUCGCAUUUCAUAGUUCCCCUGGUGGGCGUCAUGACGACGAAGCCUUCCAUCUACAUAGUGAUGGAGCUGAUGGAACGAGGGGACCUGAGGACGUUCCUGCUCUCGGAGGAAGGAGGCACGAUCAAACCCCAGAAAAUGAUUGAGAUGGCCAUCGAGGCGGCCGACGGCAUGGCCUACCUGGCCGCCAAGAAACUCGUGCACAGGGACUUGGCAGCUCGCAACUGCAUGCUGGACGCCAACCUCACGCUCAAGAUCGGCGACUUCGGUCUGACGCGCCUCCUGGCCAACGACUACUACAAAAAGCGAGGGGAAGCGGUGUUGCCUGUCCGCUGGCUGGCGCCCGAGGCUCUUGAGUUCGGCCGCUACACUUCCCGCUCGGAUGUGUGGAGCUACGGCGUCCUCCUGUGGGAGAUCUACGCCCGAGGACUUCAGCCUUAUCAGGGAUACGAGAACCAGCAGGUGCAUGAGAAGGUGAUUGCCGGGACCCUCCGCCUGGAGCAGCCGGCCCCUUGCCCGGACUUCAUGUACGCCAUCAUGAACCAGUGCUGGAGGAGGGAGCCCAAGGAGAGGCCGACGUUCAUUCAGCUCAUCAGGAUUCUCCUGCCGAGGGCGGUGCCGGAGUACUUGGAAUUCAUGGAGAGGGUGUCCUUCUUCCACAAAUCCAACGGCUGCGACUCUGAGAGCACAGAGGACAACGACGAGGGGUUCAUUGCCAGUGGCUCCCUGGACCCGAGCCUCGAGGAGGACGGGGAGGAGAAGGACGAAGAGAAUGAAGACGACAUCGAGGGCGACCACUCCUUCUCCAGUUCCAUUCCUCACUCCCUGCACAACACCGAGGAUGACCAGGUGUGUCUGACGCCGGACGAGCACUACAACAAACGGAUGUCUUGCGGAUCCUUGUCGUGCAUCAACGGCAACCCCAAGGGCAUGGGAAUCCGCCUGACUCCCACGAAGGACACGUCCUACCAGCUGCUCUACCACAAGCCCAUUUCCUUUGCGUAGAGAAGGAGGCCCUUCAGGAGGAAGUAUGAGUCCCCUUGAAGGACACACGCACGGGAUGAGUCUUGAAGGAGAGACAGAUGGACGUACUGAGGGAAGAGACCUCCGCGAGGGAUGUAGGACUCUUUAGGGAAAUCCCCUGCGAGGGAUAUAGGACUCUUUAGGGAAAUCCCCUGCGAAGGAAGCCUCUGAGAGAAAGAGGGACGAAAUAAACUGGAAAGAGUUGGUCUUAGUUAUAAGUAAACGAGAGGCGGAUUAGGAGGGCAUUGUUAUCAUUAAGAUUUAGUAAGUUUAACCCGCCCAGCUAAACACAAACACCAUUAUCUAAAGAGGUUUUGUCAAAAGAGCAUUGAAAUUGGCAUUACAACUUAUCUGUUAAGAUUAUUUUGGUUAUAUGCUUGCAUACAGAAAGAGGACAUUACCAAAAUAUGUUUAUUAAGCCAUAGACGUAAAUAAUGAUGUAGAGCAUGAACUAAGAUUAUAAAUUUAUCAUUCUUAUUGUACAUUUCAUUUAGUACUUUUAAUUUUUAUUUUUUUAUUUUUUAGUGGCUGAUCUAUAGUUGCACGAGGGAGUUUCUCGCGAACCACUUUCCAUCAGAGCAAUUUGAUGUUGAUAAAUAAUUAUCUUUUAGCAUCGAUGAUGAAUAACUCACAGGUUGCCGAAUGAAUAUCUUCUAGCACUGGUGUUGAAUCACUCACAGUAGCCUAUAUACUUCAGCGUGGAAUGCGAAAAAUUUUUUUCUCUGUUCUUGGUACACGACUUAUUCGAUGUUUAUGUAUUAUUACUCCGGGGGAAAAAUAUGAGUAUUGGUGUUUUAUGAGACUUACCGGAUAAUGAAAAUGUUCACUUAUGCCUUCAUGUUGUAUUGUGAAUUUAGCAUCGUGUAUGUGAGGACAGAAUGUCAUUCUGUUUAUUGCUUUGAAUUUUAUGAAUAUUAAUCAGCUUGAUUUUUGUGGGUGUUCUUGUAAACUUCCCUUUCUGUGUAUUUUGUGGGUGUUGAGGUACUUGUUUCUUGUGAGCAGCCUCAAAAUUCUAUGUUUGGUUUUAAUAUCCGAGUUAAUUCUUUCUCGGUGACAUUUACAGUGUGACAAAUUUGAAGUUUGGUUUUUCUUUUUAUGGUAGAUUUCUUGGAUAUUUUUACUCAACCUUUCGAAGAAGGAAAGGACUUCGAUGGUCGAUUCAUCAGAGAGGUCAAAUCCUUGCAAAAUAAUCGCCCUUCGAUUUCGAAUUUAAAGUAAAUAAUUUUCCAACAUUGCUUUUUCAUUAUGGAGGUCAGAAGUGAGGCUGAGGGGAGGCAAAAUUUCCAAAAAAAACGUGAAAGAAAGUCUCUUAAAGGGAGCAGCAUUUCUAAAACAUUUCCAAUAUUGGUUUUUUCAUAUCUGUAUACAAAAAUUAUACUUAAGUUCACUAAGAAAUCGAUAUUUAUCGUUUUGAAAGAAAAUCUAGUUGAAGUUCUGUCAGGUGAAAAUUUAAAAAAAAUGUAGAUUUUUCUUAAACUGUUCUAAAAUAUACACAAGGGAAAAAAGAAUUUUAAAAGAUAUUAUCGCAAUGUGUAUAUUUUAGACAGUACUCAGAACUUCUAUGAAAAGCCAUUAAGGAUUAAUCUAGGUGGCUGGGCUCAUGACUGCGCAUGAGCAUUUAUGUAUUAAACUGAAUGCGCUUGAAAGUAUCCCAGAGAGACUCGACUCAUGAUAAAGACUUGAGCUUCCUAAAAUGUCAUAUAUUAAAAUGUGUUUACUGAAUGUUAUUUCCUUAGAAAUGAAUCCUUGCGAUUGACGGGAUAUUUGGUUUUCAAUGUCUUUGAAUUUUAUGUCCAAUGAAUAUCCCUUACUUCAGGUCCUUUGCAGCAUCCCUUAGGUCCCUAGCUGCAACCCCUUUCAUUCCUUUUACUGUACCUCCGUUCAUAUUCUCUCUCUUCCAUCUUGCUUUCCAACCUCUCAUAACUGUAGUUUAAGAGUGCAGCUGUGAGGUUUUCCUCCUGUUACACCUUUCAAACCUUUGUUUCCAGCGCUGAAUGACUUCAUAGGUCCCAGCGCUUGGGCUUUGUCAUGAAAUUUGAUAUUCCAGUUUGUCUCAGGAAUAUUUUUCCUUAGACAUACGUGUGUACAAAAAAGGCUCCUUGUUUCAGUGUAUGUUGAAUAUGAUUACCCUAAUCAUGUACUAGUAUAUCGUUUUGAUAUAUUUAGUCGUCAAUGUUUGCCCAUUUAUUAUCGAAGUGUUUUAAUGACAGGAGUAUCUUGCUUUGGAGCUGCAGGAAAUCAUCAUUGAUCAGUGGACUUGAUGGUGUCUUGCUGUUUUUAAUUUUUAACGGCCCUUUUGAGUCGCUCCCGGGGCGUAGCCAGGGUGGGGCCAGGUUUGUGGAUGGGCGUUUCUAUACCAGCCCCCAACUAAGCUCUAGUUGUUACAAAUGAUGAUAAUCAUGAAAUUGAUCAGGAUACAGCAGGUGCUCUGUAUUUAGAUCCCAGCGGGAAUUCAGUAGCAGCGAUUCAUGAAAAAGAUAAUCUAAUUUUCAUGACGAUAAGUUACAACCCCGGCCCCCCCCCAACCUCCCAACCAAAUCUCAACCCCUACAACCAAGGGCCUGGCUACGCCCUUGCUCGUUUCAUAUCUGCAGUAGUUCACAACGUUAAUUACCUUGAUCUCAGCCAAGUCUAAUGCAGACGUCACUCAUUCUUUGUUAACUACUUCUUCUUCUUACCGUAAUCCCAUCUUCACUGUGAUUGCGUGUGGUUAAUAAAUCUUCGCUCGCUUUUGAUUACGGGAGAUUCUCGCCUUAUGUAUACCUGCAAUAAGGCAGAGAUUAUUAACCAUUUGCUAUGAAACGUAAUCACGCUUCUGAUGCAUUGACUUGAAAGGAUGAAUGUGACAGAAUUGUCAGGCUAAUUUUUUUUUAUUUUAUAUAUUUUUGUUUACAUGGUUCUUUAGUAAGGUACCUGAAUAAACUAAGGUAAAUCUUAGUCUAUGUAAGAGUGUCAUUUUACGCUACGUAUUAAAACAAUAAAGAUAUGUCCAA